AUAAAAGUAGCCGAUCCCUGAUUUUAGCGGGAAAUGUCCUGCGCCCACCAAUCAUUCGGUUUCCAAACGCCUAUUUCUGUCCACACGACACUCCCCCUCUUCCUCUUCCUCUCUGGGAGUGGGAAGUAGAGAGCUGAGGUCACUCCCUCGCUCAUCCUCCAUGGCUGCUGCUUCUACCAUCCGAAUUCGCCCAGCUGUCUCCGCUCUCCCUCUCACCACAUCUACGCUCCGAAAACCAACCUCCAUUCCCACCACGAGAUGCCCCCGUCCCUCUCUCCCGAGACCCAUCGUCUCCUCCCGUUUCAAUCCGAGCUCUUCUCCUCCUCCUCGAUCUCUCGGACCCCGAUUUGGUUUUCGCCACACGGAUAAUGGCGACGAUGAUGUGCGGCAUCGUAAUCUUCUAGUUCCGGCGAGAUCCGCGGGAACUGAAGCAGGGCAAGCUGCUUUUGGAUUUCCCACCAUCGUCAAAUUCUUGCAUUUGGCGGUGUCACUAGGGAUAAUCCUUGCUGCUGAUAAGCUUCUCCGCAAGGCCUUCCUUGCGGCGUCGAUUAAGUUCCCGAGCGCGCUUUUUGGGAUGUUCUGCGUGUUCUCUGUGCUGAUGAUCUUAGAUUCGACAGCCCCUUCUGCCGCGACGGGCUUUAUGAACUUCUUCGAGCCAGCAACGUUGUUUAUCCAGAGGUGGCUUCCUCUGUUUUACGUUCCGUCGUUGGUGGUUUUGCCUCUCGCAGUGAGGGAUGUCCCUGCGGCCUCCGGGCUGAAGAUUUUCUUGAUCUUAGUUGGGGGCUGGUUGGCGUCACUAAUGGUUGCAGGAUAUACAGCCAUAACAGUGAGAAGAAUUGUCCAGACCGAGAUGAUACCGGCUGAGCCCAUGACGAAGCCUUCUCCAUUCACAGCAGUGGAACUUUGGGCUUGGGCUGCCAUCUUCGUUUUGUCAUUUGCCCUAGCACUUGUUUACCCGACAGCACUCAGUACGAGUGCAGGAACCUGCCUCCCUUUCCUACUUGCUGCUACCGUCUUGGGUUACAUGAUUGGUUCUGGGUUACCAUCAAAUGUCAAACAAGUGUUCCAUCCAAUCAUUUGCUGUGCAGCUUCUGCAGAUUUGGCAGCACUAGCAUAUGGGUAUCUCUCCCGAUCUGGAAUGGAUGCUGUUCUAGGCAACUAUCUCACUAAGGUAUCCUCAAAUCCUGGAGCUGGUGACAUACUGAUGGGUUUUCUUGGCUCUGUUAUCAUAUCAUUUGCUUUCUCAAUGUUCAAACAGAGAAAGCUUGUGAAGAGGCACGCGGCAGAGAUUUUCUCAUCAGUCAUCAUUGCUGCCGUUUUCUCAUUAUACUCGACUGCUAUUAUAGGACGAUUGGUUGGUCUUGAGCCAAUAUUGACCGUAUCAAUUUUGCCGAGAUGUAUAACCGUGGCACUAGCCUUGAGCAUAGUGUCUUUCUUUGAAGGUGCAAAUGCUUCUCUUACUGCUGCUGCGGUUGUUCUUACUGGUCUUGUCGGCGCAAAUUUUGUCCAAGCAGUGAUGGAUAAACUUCGUUUGAAUGACCCUAUUGCUAGAGGGAUUGCGACAGCUUCCAGUGCACAUGGACUGGGAACAGCCGCAUUGUCGGCAAAGGAACCUGAGGCUCUUCCAUUUUGUGCUAUUGCUUAUGCUCUCACUGGCAUCUUCGGCUCGCUGAUCUGCUCCGUCCCUGCAGUGAGGCAAAGUUUAGUGUUGAUUGCUGGGUAGAAUGAUCUUGCUUGCUUAGCUUCGGAAGGUAAAUUGAUUUUGCAUUAUAACUCCUCAGAUUAUUGUAAAUUUAGAAAUCGAAAAACAACUCCUUUCUAGUGUACACUCAAGCAUGCUGGAGAUGUCAAAUUUUUUUUCGGGGGUUUUCUUUCGAAAAAAAACUUUUUUCUCCUUUUUUUUU